CUGUCUACCUCGCCUUUCGCAUGCAUAGCUGCCCAUCGAUUUGGCGUACCUCCACUUUGCAUUUCAUCAGUCGGUGACAAUGGACUUAUCGAGGCGCGGGUUAUGCUCCCUUUAGAAAUCAAACGUCAAAGCAGAGCCUAUAGUGUAUUCUGUGUUAAAUCUCACAAUACAGAAAGCUAACCCACACACACACACUGAAACGUUUCUGAACAUAAACCUUUAGUUCUUGUUUCCAUUCGGUGUCUUUUCUCUUGUUGGAUAAGGAUGUUAUACUGGUGAUGCGAUGACUAAGAAACUGGAAUAACGUGGUUUUAUAAACACUUGUUAACACGCAACUCUCAGUAAGCAAGGAUUUAUACACAUUUUGUGAAAGUGUUUGAAUUCGUGGUGAAAUGGCGUUUUGGAAGAGACGGAGCCAGAGUUUCGAACCAGUGUCAUCUCAGUCCCGUUACACGGUGUCUUAUCUAGGACACGAAGAGUUAAGGGGUAAAGUGGGCCUGGAUAAUACACUCAAACCAGUGGAUGACAUGUACAGGAAAUACAAAUCUCUAAAAUCGAAAACUGUGAGGAAGAUGGAGAUUGAAGUGGUGAGUAAUGGUAUCAAAGUGGAACCUCUGGAUGCAGGAGUUAGUACCAUGUUCGCCGACUCACAGUACUUCGUCGCCGAGGGGCCUUUCGGAAAUGUUUUCUUUCCCAUCAACAAGCUCUCCUUCGGCGCAGCUGAUCCUUACCACAACAAGAUCUUCUGCUUCGUUUCACGAAACGAGAACCCAGCUAUGGACCACUAUUGGGAUUGCCAUGCUGUCUUCUGCGAAUCUUCAGCCAUGGCCAAGAACCUAACGCUGUACCUGGUGAAGUCUUUCCAGAGGCUUUCCUCCAAAGACGAUCCGUUCGGGGCGGCUCAGAAAAGCAAGAGACCAACAACGGUGCACAUUCUGAAAGAAAAAGGUACGUCCGAGCACCAGAUUCAUGCCAGGAGAAAAAAGAGACCACCUGUUUCAACACUUAGUGUGAUCCUAAACGUUGGUGAAACAGACUCAAAAGAGAAUGACUUUGGUAACAGUAACAGAGCAGUGGCUGACAUCAUUGCACAUCGUGCAAAGAGGGACCUUGGUGGUGGUGGUGAUAGUGAUGUGUCGAACGGGAAUAGUGUUUCGAAAGGAAUCGGGACGAGUAGCUCCGAUAAAGAGAAUGAUCUUAUGGAAGGUAUCUUAAGCGAUGACGACAUGACACAAAGCACAAGUCCACGAGAGCUCGAGGUAACCGUAGCGUUUAAUCCGGACUUGAAUUCUCCUCCAGAGUCGCCUCGUAAAGCGGCCUCUCCUCGCGGUGGUCGUACUAGCAGCGGUGAUGAGAAUGAUGUCGCUUUUAGGCAUGAUCAGCGCUCCGGGGAAACGUCACCUCAAGAAAUGAUCACGACGAUGAGUCCUCCUGAUACUCCUGGCUAUCUAUCGAAAGAAGGGAAAUCACCUUCCCCUACCCUUACGAACAUUCCAACUAAACCCCCUUCCCCGAGACAGCGCACAAAUUCUUCCAAGGCUAAAGCGCCUUCACCGCCUUCUCAGACAUCCGUCAUUCAUGGUAACAUCUCACCAAGAAAACAGAACAGUCCUAGUAAGGUUAUUUCGAGUAGCAAAUCCCCAUCCCCCUCUCCCCCUGUAAAAUCUUUCAAUUUCCCGCCUGACACACCUAGUACCAAUGAACGCAGGAGCACUCCAUCUCCUACUUCACCAAAGACAUCACCAGUGUCGCCAUCUCCAGUCAAACCUAGUCCUCCAAGAAAGGAGGAUGAGCCAUCGGGAGUUAGGAGACGGUCACCGCCGUCAACGACCACCUCGUCAAUGUCGUGCGAUGCCCAGAAAAAGCCGAAAAAGGACAGGAAAUCGGUACGGAAAUCGGUACGAUUUGCAGAAGACGAGGACUUUAUACAUGAAGCAUGAGUUUAUAGAAAUACGCAAGUUAAAGAAGUGUGCAUGAAAAAGUAAAGGUUAAUUGCAAACCGAAAGAAGUGUGACAGUGACUAAGUUUUGGAUUAUUCUAUCAUAAAUCUUUGGUUUCUUGAUGUUAAUUGGAUUACGCCAUGGGAUUUGAACUACGAAUGAUGUGUUAUGUGAACUGUUACAAAGAAACAUCGCUAAUAUGCAGUCAAAAUAGAAUAAAUGAAUACUGGCUUGAUUGGAACGUAUAAUCCAUUUUUAAAUCAAUGAUUUAUUAAUGCAUAAGACUUGAAAACGUGAAAACUUCUGCGGAGGAAACUUCAUCAUCGCGAAGAUUUAAAGCACGAAAGGUGCCAUGUUUUAUGAAUACUUUACUUUUUUGUAGUUUUCUUAUACAUGUGGUUGUUUAAUUUUGGAAAUACCAAAUAUUUUUUCGUAAGCCUAAUAGGAAAGUUUCAGAUCGCCGCAAACGGCGUCGAACAGUUCUACACAUGAAUAUAUUUGAUGCAUUUGAAGAGCAAUGAUUUCACUGUAUGUAAAUUGAGUAUUAGGAAUUUCAUUAAGAUUUCAGAGAAAUUACUGAGUAACUUACGUAUUUAACAGUGCAUUAUUCUUCCAAACCUAAACAAUUUGUUGUACAUUUAACAUCACUGGUUAUGAAAAUGUCCUGCUUAUAUUUUCCCAGACCAUUGGGUUUUAACUGAUAAUCAACACAGUAAUGUUAUGCAUGUAUUCAUCGGUUUAUAACAGCAAAUUCUGAUGCAGAUAUCAACUUUCCAAUUUUAUUUAAUUUUAAUAUUCAUUCAUACAUUUGCGUUGCGGUGUAACAUUAAUGGAAAACAAAAACUAAGAAUUCAAUGUCUUUAGGCAAAUUAAUGAAUAAGUUCUUUGACAGGUAGUGACAACGUAAAUUUAACGUUCCAUUUGACGGAAUUGCAUAUAUUAUUCAUUUUUAAAUAGUUGUUAUAAUUAGGCCAAUAUAACAUUUUUCUGUGGAUGUCCGUUGCUUAUUAUUACGAGUCGUACCUUAUUAUUAAUUGUCUUUAUGCCUAAAAAUGAAUUCAAUUCGUUUUUUAAGAAUUGAAGCUAAUGUCCAAAGUGCGUUGAGAGAUGACUUAAAAUCUGAAUAUCAUUGACUGUUGUUUUUGUGACAAAUUCGAGCUAUUUAUAUUUAGGCAGUCGGCAUUAAGGUGUAUAGAGUCUAAACGUACAGCUAUACAAACAAACAAUAAAUCGCAUGUUUCAGUAAAAGCCGUAAUCUAUUUAUUUGUCACAGCAUCAUGGUAAAUGACAGAUACAAACUACAUUGAAAUAUCAAUGUUUUUUAUGUCCUGUGUAAUGAACUAUAUUUAUCUAAACUCACAAUCUUUGCAGUGAUAUAAAAUAAGUAGGUGGUCCAUAGUCAAAGUUGUAUUAUACGUGUAGGCGAGAGUAAACCUGGUUAUAGUCGUUUGGCGUAAGCUGAACGCCAUUGUUGCCUCUGAUAACCUGAACGGCUUGUAUCAUUAUCAAUAUUUUCCUGAUUAAAGUAAGAUGUGAGAUAUUCACAAGAAUCAUGAAGCUAUCAAUACACAUGCAUAUGGCUGAAAGACAGGAGUACAAACUGUUUUUUGUUAAUGUCUAUGAACCAUGAUAGGAAGUGAAAGAUGGAUAUCACAGUUUGUGGUUAAUCAACCAUUGCAUACAUGUAUCAUGCAGUAUGUCUUACAAACAUCAAACUAUGCCUUUGUUCAUCAAAAUCGAUAAAGUAUCCUUGAUGUGUCACUGAUAAAUUGUGUCUAGUCGAGGAAAUGGUUGCUCAAUGAUUUAACUCCAAUAACAUACACAUUACCUGCUUUAAUAGGACAUACUUACAUUUGUAUGUGUUAUUUUGAUAGAUAAACAUGCCAAAGUUAAGUUAGUAAACGAUACUUCUGUUGAUGUUAUUUUUGCUAUGUAACAUAAGAUGUUUAUAUGCGAGAGAAAAAUGUGUGUUUUAUUGUUAUAACCAAAUAUAUUUGUAAAAUGUUUUAAAGUGAAUUGUGAAUUAAAGCAAUUGUGAAGACAUACAUUUUA